AUGACUGGAGAAAAUGAGACGAAAACGGCUGAAGUGACGUCUAGACACGACAAUGAUGAAGCUAGCUCUAAUGUUAACGAUACACCGAAAUCUACUAUAGCUCCAAUGAAUUAUUUGCGAACUACGGGAAAACUGCCGGAUUCAAAUCCAAUUUUGAACACAGACACGGCAAUUGUGGACAAAAUAGUGCCGUCUUCUACUCCUACAACUUUAAAUCCAAGCAUAGACUUCACUAAUGUACCCUAUCUCAAAUUUGCAAUUUCGAAAACGAUUGUCAAUGUAACAACAAAUGCCGCUAAUAACGAUACAUCAUCAACGACUGUCUCUUUCAAUAUCAGUGGUGUUGUUGAAAAUCAUGCAUUCGUUAACAACGGCUUGACGACGCCAUCAUUUAAGAAUGACGUACCGCAGCCUAUUGCUACCAAAAACAUUCAAGGUGGGGAUAAUGCAAUGAAUGUUUUCGAUAAUCCUCAGGAAGUUAUGUUUGAAAGUAUGACGUCAUCACCGUCGGCAACAACCGUUCCAGAAAUACAGAGUGUGACAGAAUUUACUGUCACCAAUUCAUCGAAAGGACUCGUUGAAAAUUUGACAUUAACACAAGAAGCUUACAACGAAACAAGUACAACAGCAGAGGUAACAGUACAAACCACACCUAGUUCCGUAUUAAGUGAAAAAGCGACGGUUGGUAGUGUAGCAACUAUUCCUGACACUGUCAAUAGCAAUAGUGACUCCAAGGCAGAAACCACGUUCGACACAGCAGUGACAGUAUCUAUAUCCAAUAAUACGACGACUUUUGCCAAUGAAAUUUUAGAUUCAACAUUAAGUACUCCUGCACCAACGGUGAAUGCAGGCUCAGCAGUCGAUAACUCAUAUCGGACAGAUAAUAGUACAAUUAAUCAAAAUAGUGAUAAUAAUGCACUACAUCAAAAUGACACAGGAUUAAAACUAAUUGGCGAAUCUACGACAACUGAAAAAAUUGAAAUGUCCAGCAUGACUGAAACUAAAUUCACGAUGACUGGAGAAAAUGAGACGAAAACGGCUGAAGUGACGUCUAGACACGACAAUGAUGAAGCUAGCUCUAAUGUUAACGAUACACCGAAAUCUACUAUAGCUCCAAUGAAUUAUUUGCGAACUACGGGAAAACUGCCGGAUUCAAAUCCAAUUUUGAACACAGACACGGCAAUUGUGGACAAAAUAGUGCCGUCUUCUACUCCUACAACUUUAAAUCCAAGCAUAGACUUCACUAAUGUACCCUAUCUCAAAUUUGCAAUUUCGAAAACGAUUGUCAAUGUAACAACAAAUGCCGCUAAUAACGAUACAUCAUCAACGACUGUCUCUUUCAAUAUCAGUGGUGUUGUUGAAAAUCAUGCAUUCGUUAACAACGGCUUGACGACGCCAUCAUUUAAGAAUGACGUACCGCAGCCUAUUGCUACCAAAAACAUUCAAGGUGGGAUAAUGCAAUGA